UGAAUAAGCUAAAGUAAUUUUAUAAGGCAAAUUGCAAGGCUAUUUACCUGUACCAGACUGUGCAUAAUGAAAAGCCUCAAAAUAUGAGCUGCAGAAGCAAUCAUGGGAUGAAGAGUAAUAAUGGGGGUAAAUUAUGACAGCAUUAUGACAGCACUGAAGAACACACUGUUAACUGAGAAAGACAGAUGACUCAGCAGACACCCCCCGUAAUAAAGGCCUUGCUGUUGUUGGACUAUACUUUGUGGAUAUAAUGUCUGUUGUAGUACAUUCAUUAUAUUCCAAACAAGAAUCAAGUCAGACAAAACACGUCAGGCAUUCAAAACACUGCUGACUCAGUCCUCAUUUAAAUAUUCAAUAACAAACGAAAAGAUGUCAUAUGAACCAUCACAUUUGAUUUCUUAGGACAACAUUUCGGAACGCUUCAUGUGCAGCAGCGUCAGUGUUUUUGAUGAAGUUGUUGGUUGGGUUUAAAUGUUUUAAGUCUUGUUAAUUAGUGGUUUCCUCUUGCAGGAUGACAUAGUACGUAUAGCAAGUCCUAAUAGUAUGGACACACCUUCAGCACGAUGGUAUAUAACGCAGAAGGCAUGCUUCAGUUUCAUCCGCACGGCACUCCAAACGCUCACACUUCCUGCAGAGCCUGUGCAGCAACAUGUUCGGGACGUAUCAAGCACACUGGGCGGCGCUGUUGGGUAGAGCGGCAGUGUUUGCCCUCCUGAUGUGGGGACCUCUGCAGGUGGCAGCAGAUUCAGAAGAGGAGGCUGCUGCAGAGUGGGACAUGUGGAAAAAUCUCCAUCAAAUAUCCUACAAUGAUGAGAGUGACAACCUUCAGAGACAAUUCAUCUGGGAGACCAACAUGCGAAUGAUUGAGAAGAACAACGACGAUUUCCGCUUCGGACUGUCUACAUUUAGCAUGGCAAUGAACAAAUAUGGCGAUCUUACCAAGAUGGAGUAUAAACGCUUGCUGGGCGCCACAAUUAAUGAACCGAUAAACAGGAGCGAAAAGACCGUAUCCGCACAAACGCUCCAUGACAAUGCUAACAAACUGGGAUUGGCCAAUGUGGACUAUCGAGCACAAGGAUACGUGACUGAAGUCAAAGAUCAGGGAUACUGUGGGUCUUGCUGGGCCUUUAGCACUACAGGAGCCAUUGAAGGACAAAUGUUCAAGAAGACAGGACGGUUGGUGUCCCUCAGUGAGCAGCAGCUGGUGGACUGUUCCAGGUCUUACGGCACAUAUGGCUGCAGUGGUGCCUGGAUGGCGAAUGCCUAUGAUUAUGUGGUCCAUAAAGGGUUGGAGAGCUCUGACACUUACCCCUAUACGUCAGUGGAUACUCAACCCUGUUACUAUGACAGAGGUUUAGUUGCCGCCAGAAUCAGUGACUACAGGUUCAUCCCGGCUGGAGAUGAACAGGCUCUGGCUGAUGCCGUGGCAACCAUCGGUCCUAUCACUGUCGCCAUAGAUGCCGACCAUAUAAGUUUCCUCUUCUACAGUUCAGGAAUCUACAAGGAAUCUAACUGCAACCCUAACAACCUCAACCAUGCUGUGCUUGUGGUUGGUUAUGGCUCAGAGGAUGGCAAAGAUUACUGGAUAAUCAAAAACAGUUGGGGAACAGGAUGGGGUGAAGGAGGCUACAUGCGAAUGAUCCGCAAUGGUAAAAACACUUGCGGGAUCGCCAGCUAUGGUCUUUAUCCCAUUGUGUGAGAAGAACCAGACAUUUCCAAAUAAAGACUUAUGAAGUCUGAA